GUCCCAUGAGCUGCGUUCGAAGGUGCUCUCCCUGCAGCUGCUGCUCUCCAUCCUGCAGAACGCCGGGCCGAUCUUCAAGACCAACGAGAUGUUCAUCAACGCCAUCAAGCAGUACCUGUGCGUGGCACUGUCCAAGAACGGCGUGUCCUCCGUACCCGAAGUCUUCGAGCUGUCGCUGUCCAUCUUCCUCACCCUGCUGUCUCACUUCAAGACACACCUGAAGAUGCAGAUUGAGGUGUUCUUCAAAGAGAUCUUCCUCUACAUCCUGGAGACGUCGACCAGCUCCUACGACCACAAGUGGAUGGUGAUCCAGACCCUCACCAGAAUAUGUGCAGAUGCUCAGAGUGUGGUGGACAUCUACGUGAACUACGACUGCGAUCUGAACGCUGCAAAUAUCUUCGAGCGUUUAGUGAACGAUUUGUCCAAAAUCGCUCAGGGUCGCGGAGGACAUGAACUCGGAACAACUCCCAUUCAAGAGCUGACUCUGAGGAAGAAAGGUCUGGAGUGUCUGGUCUCCAUCCUGAAGUGCAUGGUGGAGUGGAGCAAGGAUCAAUACGUCAACCCCAACUCUCAGACCAGCCUUGGCCAGGAGAAGCCGGUGGAGCAGGAUCAAUCGGAGCCUAAAGCCCCGGAGACGAUCAAUAGGUACGGCAGCAUCAACUCUCUGGACUCCACGGCCUCCUCGGGGAUCGGCAGCUACAGCACGCAGAUGUCCGGCACGACAACCCCGAACAGUUCGGUCCUGAAGCAGCAGAAGGAGAUCAUCGAGCAAGGCAUCGACCUGUUCAACAAGAAACCAAAGAGAGGCAUCCAGUACCUGCAGGAGCAAGGCAUGCUGGGAACUACACCUGAAGACCUGGCUCAGUUCCUGCACCAGGAGGAGAGGCUGGACUCGACCCAGGUGGGGGAGUUUCUGGGAGACAACGAGCGCUUCAACAAGGAGGUGAUGUACGCCUACGUGGAUCAGAUGGACUUCCAAGGGAAAGACUUUGUCUCGGCGCUCCGGACGUUCCUCGAGGGUUUCCGUCUGCCAGGAGAAGCUCAGAAAAUCGACCGGCUCAUGGAGAAGUUCGCUGCUCGAUAUCUGGAGUGCAACCAGGGACAAACCCUCUUUGCCAGCGCGGACACGGCGUACGUUCUCGCCUACUCCAUCAUCAUGCUGACCACAGACCUGCACAGCCCUCAGGUGAAGAAUAAGAUGACGAAGGAGCAGUACAUCAAGAUGAACCGCGGCAUCAACGACAGCAAAGACCUGCCGGAAGAAUAUCUUUCGGCCAUUUACGACGAGAUCGCCGGGAAGAAGAUCGCCAUGAAGGAAACGAAGGAACUCACCCUGAAGUCCAACAAGCAGAGUGUUGCCAGUGAGAAGCAGAGGCGUCUUCUUUAUAACGUGGAGAUGGAGCAGAUGGCGAAGACAGCCAAAGCUCUGAUGGAGGCAGUGAGCCACGUUCAGGCUCCGUUCACUAGUGCUACUCACCUGGAGCACGUGAGACCCAUGUUCAAGCUGGCGUGGACCCCCUUCCUGGCUGCGUUCAGCGUGGGUCUUCAGGAUUGUGACGAUACUGAAGUGGCUUCUUUGUGUUUGGAGGGAAUCCGAUUCGCUAUCCGGAUCGCCUGUAUCUUCUGCAUCCAGCUGGAGCGCGAUGCGUACGUUCAGGCGCUGGCGAGGUUCACGUUGUUGACGGCCAGUUCUGGGAUUUCUGAGAUGAAGCAGAAGAACAUCGACACCAUAAAGACUCUCAUCACUGUGGCUCACACCGACGGGAACUACCUGGGAAACUCCUGGCACGAGAUCAUGAAGUGCAUCAGUCAGCUGGAGCUGGCUCAGCUGAUCGGCACAGGGGUGAAAGCCAGAUACAUCUCCGGCACAGUGAGGAGUAAAGACGGGUUCAUCACCAGCACCAAGGAGCAGAGCAACGACGAGUACCUGGGCCUGGUUGGAGGCACGGUGGACAGGAAGCAGAUCGCCAGCAUCCAGGAGUCCAUCGGAGAGACGAGCUCUCAGAGCGUGGUGGUGGCUGUGGACCGGAUAUUCACCGGCUCCACUCGGCUGGACGGAAACGCUAUAGUGGAUUUUGUCCGCUGGCUGUGCGUCGUCUCCAUGGACGAGCUGGCCUCUCCGACUCACCCCCGGAUGUUCAGCCUGCAGAAGAUCGUGGAGAUCUCCUAUUAUAACAUGGGCCGAAUCCGCCUGCAGUGGAGCCGAAUCUGGGAGGUGAUCGGAGACCACUUCAAUAAGGUGGGCUGUAACUCCAACGAGGACGUGGCGAUCUUCGCGGUGGAUUCUCUCCGGCAGCUCUCCAUGAAGUUUCUGGAGAAAGGAGAGCUCGCUAACUUCAGGUUCCAGAAAGACUUCCUGAGGCCGUUUGAACACAUCAUGAAGAAGAACAGGUCUCCCACUAUCAGAGACAUGGUGGUGCGCUGUAUAGCUCAGAUGGUGAACUCCCAGGCGGCGAACAUUCGCUCCGGAUGGAAAAACAUUUUCUCAGUUUUCCACCUCGCCGCCUCGGACCAAGACGAGAGCAUCGUGGAGCUCGCCUUCCAGACAACAGGACACAUAGUUACGAAUGUUUUUGAGAAGCUUGCAGCGACCAUCGACUCGUUCCAGGACGCCGUGAAGUGUCUGUCGGAGUUCGCCUGCAACGCCUCGUUCCCCGACACGAGCAUGGAGAGCAUCCGCCUCAUCAGACACUGCGCCAAAUACGUCUCUGACAGACCACAGGCGUUUAAAGACUACACCAGUGAUGAUAUGAACGUGAACCCUGAGGACCGGGUCUGGGUCAGAGGAUGGUUUCCAAUCCUGUUCGAGCUCUCCUGCAUCAUCAACAGGUGCAAGCUGGACGUCCGCACCAGGGGUCUGACGGUGAUGUUCGAGGUGAUGAAGACGUACGGACACACCUUUGAGAAACACUGGUGGCAGGAUCUGUUCAGGAUCGUCUUCAGGAUCUUCGACAACAUGAAGCUCCCCGAGCAGCAGACCGAGAAAGCAGAGUGGAUGACGACCACCUGUAAUCACGCGCUGUACGCCAUCAGUGACGUCUUCACGCAGUACUUUGAUUCUCUGAGCGACGUUCUGCUGGACGACAUCCUGUCGCAGCUCUACUGGUGUGUGCAGCAAGAUAACGAGCAGCUGGCUCGCUCCGGCACCAACUGUCUGGAGAACGUUGUGAUCCUGAACGGAGAGAAGUUCACUCUGGAGACCUGGGACAAAACCUGCACCUGCAUGCUGGACAUCUUCAAGACCACCAUCCCUCACGCGCUGUUAACAUGGAGACCUGCAGAGGGAGAGCAGCUGGACUCCGUUUCCCAGAAGUCAUUGGACAUCCAGAGCCGCUCAGACGACCAAAACUCAGUCAGCAGCGCCGAGCGGGUCGCCAUGGAAACACGCAGACAGAGCCAGUACGGAAACACGCCCAUCAAGCUCCAGGAGCAGCGCCUCUUCUCCUCUCUGCUGAUACAGUGUGUGGUUCAGCUGGAGUUGAUCCAGACCAUCGACAACAUCGUGUUCUUCCCCGCCACCAGCAGGAAGGAGGACGCAGAGAACCUUGCUGCUGCGCAGCGUGAUGCCUGCUCUGCAGCAGACGUCCCCCCCGAGCUUCAGGACCCCGGCAUGUAUCGCUACCUGACCUCAGAUCAGCUGUUCAAACUUCUCGACUGCCUUCUGGAGUCACAUCACUUCGCAAAGGAUUUCAACUCCAGCGCAGAGCAGAGGACCGUUCUGUGGAGAGCCGGGUUCAAAGGGAAGUCGAAGCCUAACCUCCUGAAGCAGGAGACCAGCUCUCUGGCCUGUGGACUGAGGAUUCUCUUCAGGAUGUACAAGGACCCGAGCCGGAGCGACGCCUGGGACGAGGUGCAGAGACGCCUGCUCAGUGUGUGCAGCGAGGCCUUAGUGUACUUCCUGUCUCUGACGUCAGAGAGCCACAGAGAGGCCUGGACCAACCUGCUGCUCCUCUUCCUCACCAAGGUGAUGAAGAUCAGCGACGACAGGUUUAAAGCCCAUGCGUCCAGAUAUUACCCCCUGCUGUGUGAGAUCAUGCAGUUCGAUCUGAUCCCAGAGCUGAGGGCCGUCCUCAGGAAGUUCUAUCUGCGAAUUGGCAUCGUUUUCAACAUCGCUCAGCUGCCGGAGACCCAUGAUGAAGAGGAGGAGGAGGAGGAAAAGGAAGAGGCACAGUGAUGCUGCUACACACACACGCCUUUACUCUCACACACACACACACACACACACACACACACGUCCUGUCGGACUAACUACUGACUAACAGCUCUGUGACAGAAGGAUCUAUAUUUCCACAGCGUGUGCUUCUUACUGUAUUUAAAGGAGAAGACAGUCCGAUGCAAAAAGACAGACGUAGUGACUGUGUGUCCUGGAGGCUAACGUUAGCACUGCUAGCUCCCGGGGAAUAGUUGUACAGACGCUGUGUAAUAUAAUCUGAUAACACUAGAUCUCAUUUAUUUUCUUUAUUUGGUUCCUCUGGAUUUGCUGCACUUGAUCUCUCUCUGAAUGCACUGGAGACUCUGUGAUAAUUUAUUUCUCUGCAGAUUGUCCUCGUCAGCGGAAAGUGAAGGUUAAAUUAUUCCAUUUUAUAUGUUUUAGGUUUUUAUUUGAUUUAGAUACUGGGGCUUCUGACAGAUCAGAGCUGAUGAAAGCUGCUUCGAGUCACUAGUCCAUGUUUAGGUUUCACUCGUGUACAAAAUCAGAAGUUAAUAAUAUAUGUAAUCUUUGGUUUGGGGAGAGCUAUCUGUAUAGAGAAGAAGACGUUAGCUUUAAGUUUGAAUGGGAAGCGUUCCUGUAGAAAACAACAUGUAUAUGAAACAGCAAUGUAAAGUUUUCUAUGUCGCAAAAAAGAUUAUGUACGACUUUCUGUACGAGACUUCAUCCGGCAUCCUAAUCAGGUUCUAGGUCAAUAAAGUUUUUGAACUUGG